AGUAGUAGAAGUGUCAGCAGUAGUGGUAGCAGCAGCAGUAACAGUAGUAGAAGUGUCAGCAGUAGUGGUAGCAGUAACAGCAGUAGAAGUGUCAGCAGUAGCGGUAGCAGCAGCAGCAGUAACAGUAGUAGAAGUGUCAGCAGUAGUGGUAGCAGCAGCAGUAACAGUAGUAGAAGUGUCAGCAGUAGUGGUAGCAGCAGCAGUAACAGCAGUAGAAGUGUCAGCAGUAGCGGUAGCAGCAGCAGCAGUAACAGCAGUAGAAGUGUCAGCAGUAGCGGUAGCAGCAGCAGUAACAGCAGUAGAAGUGUCAGCAGUAGCGGUAGCAGCAGCAGCAGUAACAGCAGUAGAAGUGUCAGCAGUAGCGGUAGCAGCAGCAGUAACAGUAGUAGAAGUGUCAGCAGUAGCGGUAGCAGCAGCAGCAGUAGAAGUGUAAGCAGUAGCGGUAGCAGCAGCAGUAACAGUAGUAGAAGUGUCAGCAGUAGCGGUAGCAGCAGCAGCAGUAAC